CCCAGGACCCGUUCAACGAACGGUCACUCAAUAUAAUCCGAGGAUCCAUUUCAGCCUCGAAAACCUAUCUGAGCUCGCCGAGCCUCGUCGAACCAGUUUCCUCACGGCUAUGCCAGAACCAUGCAAUCUAUUGUCCAAUGCUAAUUUUGUUCCCCCCGCGGUUGAUCCAAGCUUCCAAACUAUCGAGUUUUCGGGAUCGCGUCCACUAGUGUCUUCCUUCAACUGGGCAUAGUUGGUUUAAAACCGGGAAGCUGUCUGAGCUCAUUGCGUUGCCUCAUCGUGGUCUCCAUAACAGAUUUUUUUUUCUUUCUUUCUUCUUCUCUUAUCUUGUCAUGUACCUUUGACCUGCAUAAUACCCCAUCGUCUCUUAUUUCCAUCUCUCCCCCUCUCCUUUUUCUUAUUUCUUCGCCUCCGCUUCUACCUCCUCCCCCCCCUUCAAUCUCCAACUCCAAAACUCGCCUCCCGCAUCCGGCUUGGAAUUGAAUUUGGUGUCCCUCUCACGUCCAACCACACGCCCUCACCAAAUCAAAAUUGAAAUCGCCGCCCACAAUGCUGCGAAUCAAUUUCCUCCAGCUGGUCUUCGUAUCACUCAUGCUCCUGUCUCUCGCCUUUGCGACGGAGCCUCCAGUGAUCAACCACGCCGUGCAUCGUGAUGACGAGACGAUCGCGAGCCUGGUGAGAAUCGCCAAGCGGCAGACCAAUGCCACGGCUUCUUCUGAGCCGACUACUUCGGUGGAUUCUACCACCACCACCACUUCGGUGCCCGUCAUCACUACGACCUCCAGCAGUGAGGCCGUUACUACUACUGCGGUGCAAACUACAACUUCCAAGUCUACCACGGAGCCUUCGACGACCUCGACGACUAGCUCGUCCUCGAGGUCAAGCUCAACGACGACCACGGUGCCGUCUACUACUAGCACAACGAGCUCGUCUUCAUCGUCUUCGAGUGUCCCCAGCUCGACCUCAACGACCUCAACUACCUCGACUACCUCGACGCAGUCUACUCUCACCACUAUCACGAGCCAGUCGUCUUCUUCUUCUUCUUCUUCUUCUUCGACGACCUCGGCCCCUACCACGGACAGCUCUUUUACUUCCACAUAUAAGAGCACUACGACCUUGCCCGAUGGCAGCCUGAGCACCAUCACCUCGACAACUAUCGUGCACGUCCACGCAACGGGCUCCUCCGGUAGCUCGACGACGACCGGCUCUUCUCCGGGCCUACAAACCGGUGCGGCCGCUCUGACUACUGCUGGUCUUACCCGGGAGGUUGUCGCCAUGGUCGGUGGCGCCGUCAUGGUCGCCAUGGCACUGUGAGAAAACUCUCCAACCUCCAUCAAAACCUCGCCGAUGCUUCAUCUUUACGGUUGAUAGCAUUUCUGUUUAUUAUUUCCAACUUUAUUUCGCAUCCAUCAGCACGCAAUCCAUCUUGCAUUCAUCUAUUCCAGCGUUAUCGAUGGCAAUUCCCGUCAUCACCUCACGAUCCUUACGAGCUUUCACACUCAUGCCUCUCCUUUCUCAAACAUUGGCUCUCUCCGGCGUUUUAUCAUAUCUGGACUUGGAAUGUUCAUCUGGGGCUCUCUUGUUUCUGGCUCCAAUUGUUUUCACACGAGCAGCAUUUAGCGCACUCUAUCAAAUUUGUGGUUUAGUUAGAGGGUUGGGAUUUCUCAUCUACGAAAGACAAAAAUGCAGUGGAUCUUUCUAGUCUCGGCCUCGGCGGUCGACGAAAGAUCCUUUCUUUCUUCCAUUGAAUUCAAAUGCAUGUCAAUGCUAUCAAAAUGUAGACGUAAAAUCAUUGUGUAUAGUCACUCG